AUGUUUGAGAGAGAAUGGAAGCUGAUAAUGAUUGAUUUCGGUCUAACUGAGAAUAAGUGGCUUGAUGAUAUGUUUUGCAUGAGAUCUUCGUGGAUCCCAGCGUUCUAUCGUCAUGAGCCUAUGUCUGGGCUUAUGCGGACCACUUCUAGAUCAGAGAGCGAAAACCAUUUUUUCUGUCAAGUUGCGAAUUCUCAACUUACCCUUGUUGAGUUCUUUAACCAUUUUGACGGUGCAAUGGACAUUCAAAGAUUCAACCAUCGGAAGAAUGACCAUAUAUCUAGAAAUACAGUCCCGGAUAACUUUUCUGAAUCUACUCUAGAGGAUGAUGCCAUGAAAAUUUACACCAGGUCAAUUUUUGCUGAUCAACAGGCAGAGUUACAAGGAACAUUGUCCGAGUGCCUUCCUAUAGAGACUAAAAUUGAGGAACCUUUUUUGAGGAUAAGUAUGAAGGAUUGGAAAGCUCACGGCGACGGUUUAUUAGAGGUAUGUUUCAAGAAGGGCGAGGAUGUAAUUGCAUUAUGCACGUGUCGCAGGUUUGAACAAUAUGGAUUGUUGUGCAAGCAUAUAUAUUUCGUGUUCAAGAUGUUCAAAGUGAAGGAAAUUCCCAACAAGUAUGUAAUGAGAAGAUGGACUAAAGAUGUGGUACCGAAUGAUCUUAAUAAUACAUUUGAUAUUACUGUUGACGGUGAUGAUGCGCAUAAAAAGGCCAAAGAGGUUGCGUAUGAGAUUAUGCAGACUGGAGAGUAUCUUAUUGGUAAUCUGAUCAAAGAUUUCGAUCAUCUACUUAUAGUUAGGGAUCGGAUGAGAGAGAUGAAAGAAAUGGUUGAUGAACUUCGCAUAACCAAGCCCAUCGACCCUAAGUUUGAUAGAUAUUCACGGUUAAUUGGUUACGAGAAACCAAACACUGACGAGCCACCUACAGUCCGUGUGCCAACCGGUAUUAGAAACAAAGGACGAGGUCAUGACAUUCGAACCUGCGAGGUGUUAAAGGGUAAAGCUACUGCUGCUGAUAAGGUUGCCAAUAAGGAGGGGAGGAAAAGAAGAGCAAUUCAGUUAGAGAAGGAUCCUAAUUUAGUUGAUGAAGAGGACGAGGAGGUUGAAAGUGGUGACGAAGAGGAGUUUGAGGAGUCCGACGAAGUAGAAGAUAGUGAUUUUGAAUGCGAAGACGAGUAG